GGUGCAGGCUCCCGUGAUGGCCUGUCCUGGGGCUUGAGGUGUCUCCAAGGGCUUGGCAGGGCCCACGGGUGCCCGUCCCAGGGUGUGACUGUACCGCGCUGCCAACAGCCAGCCCCGACCCACGCUGGGACCCCGCUGGAGCCGCCCCUCAGUGCGGGGGCGACUCCUAAUAGCCACGAAGGGAGCGGAGUUGCAGGCAGUGGCAUUGCUUGCGGCUGUGCGCUUUGUGCCACGGGGGGAGGCGUUGCCCGCUCUGGCGGGGCCCCGUUCCCUGCCCUCCUGCCCCUCGGUAAUACAACAGGCUACACCCAGACACUUGCCCAGCAGCUAAGAACACCGGGGCUCAAUUCAUUCUCUUCUGCAGCACACACACUACUCGAGCACUGGUUGCUGCCCCACCUAGGCCCCUGCAGUGGGGAUGGAGCUCUAGCUGAUCAGCCCCAUGUGAGAGGAGAGGAACUGAGGCUCCAAUCCAUUGCCUUUCCCAGCUGAGAUACAAAUCGGGGGCAGAACAGGGCGCCAUGGCGGACUAUCGGAUCCGCGAGUACAGAGACGAGGACUACGAGAUGGUGCGCGAGCUGUUUGCCACUGGGAUGAGCGAGUACGUCCCUGCCCUGUGUGUGCACGUGCUAAAGCAGCCCUGGGUGAUCCUGGUACUGGCCUGCACCUUCUGCAUCCUGCUCACCAGCUCCAAGUCCCUCCUGCUGCCCAUCCUGGCCAUCACGCUGCUCCUGGCUACGGGGCGGCAGCUGCUCGGCUACUUCUGGACCAUGUAUAUCGAGCACUGCUUGAAGGAGGACCUGCUGGACAUCAGGACAACCUACAUGGGUAGCAAGGGCUCCUGCUUCUGGGUGGCAGAAGCGGAUGAGUGUGUGGUGGGCACCGUGGCUGCCAGGCCGUCUGACGAUCAGGAGGGGGAGCUGAUGCUGAAGCGGAUGUCGGUGCGGAAGGACUACCGGGGGCUGGGCGUUGCCAGGGCGCUGUGCCAGGCGGUGAUCUGCUUCGCCCAGCAGCAGGGCUGCCGCGCCGUGGUGCUGAACACCCUGAUGGUGCAGGACGAGGCCCGCCUGAUGUACGAGCGCGUGGGCUUCGCGAAGUACCGUGAUGAUGUGCUGCCCACCGUCUACGGGAGACUGGCCAACGUCACCAUCUCCAAGUACAGGUACAGCGUCCCCCGCAGGAGCUGACUCCGCGCUGCUGCCAAGGGCUGGAACCAGUAUCUCCUGUUCCCUCGCCCCGGAGCAUACAGAGCGCGAGACACAGCUGACUGGUCACCUUGCAGAGCGCUGCCCUGAAGGAAGUGGUGUCUCGCUCUUACUGGCCUAUGCUACCGAUGUCUGAUUGCUCUGUGCAGUGGGGGAGAGCCGACCGGAUCCGCUUUGGCCUGUUGCCUGGCUGCCUUCUCGAGACGCAGACGGUGUGUUUCCCAGGGCGCUGGCCUGACAGACACACCGACAUUGUCCCGCUGACCUCCGGCCUUGUCUGCACCAAGGGCUCGGAGCUGGGCCCGGUGCGUUCGAGGCCUGUUCAGUCCGCUGCCUCGAUGCCGCAGUUCAGACGGGUUCCUCAGGCUGAGCGCGCUGGGCUCCGUGUAGUCUGCGUGCACAGGAAACUCGCUCGGCAGGGAGGUUUCCAUGCUCACCACUGGGACGGGAUGACUCUGGGGGGUGGGUCGUGGUGAGAUGCUGGUAAAUCACUAGUUCAAACCCAGCUCACGUGGGUGGGAAUGGCGUUGAAUCCACGUGCAUUGUGUUCUUUCAGUGGCCUUUGAGGACACCAAGCGGUCUUGGGGUGGGGUAUCACACCUGGAUCUAACUGGAUGGGGUGUCGUCAUCACCGUCAGAAGCCCUAGACUGAGUGGGCCGUGGGGACUGAAGUCCCCUCCUGUUUGGAGGAACCUCUUUGUAAGCAGAACCUGUCUCCACCCCUGCUGGAAGAAGGUUCAUCCAGCCCUUCUUCCUAGCAUCAAAUCCACCUAGAAAGCUGAACAGGCAUUUGUGUCGUUCUCCCCAGCAGGCUGCCUGUGGGCCGGAGUCCCUCCAUCCGGCACUCAGCUCAGCAUGCUGCCGAGGCAGCGGUUCCAGGGGCUGGGAGUCCCAGCUCUGGGCCAGUGCUGCGUUGCUGUAGUGUUGGUGUUGUGGCACUUUGGUGAAUAAAGAAAUUGCUACAUCGC